AUGGCCGACCCCCUGUACACAUCGCAACAAUCGAACGCGUCCAUGCUCGACCAACCGUCGACACAGAGCAGCGUCAACACCAGUUUUAGCACACAAUCACGCCGUCGUCCAAGACCUGUCCCGUCGAGUCAGAAUUCACUACUCAGCGCGUCCAAUUCUCUCCAUCCGACGAAGAAGGUUAGACAGCGGUCGGUCUCUGCGCAACGGGAGCUCAAUGCGUCGCCUGAGGCUAUGGCUGCUGUCGCGGCUGCGACUAUGGAUGUGAGCUCUAUUAGAUCUCUGCAGGAUAAGAAAAAGGGGUCUUUGGUGGAAUGGGCCAAGACGACAAAAUAUUGUGUAGCUCAGCUCACAGGUUUACCGAUGGAAUUGAGGGAUUCAGGAGACAACUACGCAAGACGCAUGUCCGCAAUCACCGACCAAUCUUCUGGUAACGCCCUACUUAUCAAAGAUCACGGAGUCGACGUCUGGCGCUACGACGAUGUUCAACUCCUUCCGAAACCAAACCACUUCCCCCUCCCAUCCGACGAAACCCAUCAUCACCAAGGUGGUCGCAACUCCCCGCAACCCCUCGGAUCCCUGGUUAGCCCCACAGGUAGCAGCGAUGAGGCAGGUCUUGUUGUGGUUAUGCCUGUUACGGGCAGGAUUGCAUACUGGGAUUCGGUUAGCAGUGCUAUGACCGAGGGGCUUCUACAACGUAGACGUGGCGUCGAGGGUGUUCUGCCGUUAUCUUCGGGAGAACAGGCUCAUAUGAUCGCCAACAUCGAACCAGCGGGGUUUAUCAUCUGCACGAAUCAGAACCGAGCUAUUCACCUAUCGUUGCGGGACGGUGUAGGAAAGCCCGUAGUACAACUUACGACACUUAAAAACGUUAGUUCCAGCGUUGUUGGUGGACUCUUGGGUGGUAUUGCAAAUGCCUUUAAGUCUGGGAAUGUUAAGAAGGAGAUUGUUGCUGUCAGACCCGGGAGGAUCAUCGGCCGGGCUGAAAGAGAACUUUUGGUUGCUACGUCGCAUGGGCAUAUCACCCGCUGGGAGGUCAGCCGUAACGGCGCAGCAGUUGUUCUCUCGGAUGUCGAUAUGCGAGAACAAAUGCUAUCCCGUGUUCUAUCGGUUGGACCACCAAACAUGCAGUCGCUCGACCGUGAAUCAUUCACAAUCCAGGAUAUUGCGGGUGGGCAGAGUACAGCUGAAGGUGCCAACAUCUUGAUUCUCACAUCUUGGGAUGGACGCACUGACUCCGGCGAGAAUAUCACCCAUUACACACUCAUACUUGUGACCCUUUAUCGGGGUUCGCAGUUUGCCAUCAAGAAAACGCACUACCUCUCCUGCUUCCACCAGUCGCUUAGGACUGCAGCUGAUACUGCCAAACCACGAUUGUAUCUCCCGAAUCCUUACCGUACGGCCUUCGUUGUCUUUUCGAGAGCCGUGGUACUCGCCUCGAUCGUUCCGGAAGAUAUGUACGACCUUACUUUUGCCGAUACCAUCCCGGAUGUUGCGUACGACUCAACCACUGGGUUCGAAGAAGUUAUCGAUUUUAAGGCGCAGAGUCGGGUGGAGAUUAUUGGAAGCGGUGUGGAGGAACUUACGCAGGAAGGAAUUUCGUUUAACCCUGCGAAGAGCUUCAGAUUGGAUUCUAGUGGGGAUUUGAGAAGGAAAUAUUACUCCCCGGGAGUGGUUAUUAUAACCAAGGGCGCCGGUGUUCUCAAGUUGACGGUCUUUGAUGCAGAAACUGCGGAUCUCAGGCCGCUUCCGUCGCCACGACCUAUCCCUGUUAAAUCGAAGAUGGAGCUGGCGGUAUUCUUUGGAACUAAUGAGAAGAACCAUCUAAACUUCAACGGCCGCCGCGAGAUCACCUACCCAACCCUUGAAGUCCAACAAGCAGCCAGAAACCUCAGCAUGGAUCUAAUGUGCUCCCACGGCCAAUACCUCGCCACCUUGGGCCCUUCAAUCGACAUCUACCUCGAGUCCCGCGCUCAAAAGCUCCUAGCUCUGGCCGAAUACCUCCGUACUGUUCACCGUCAAAUCGCUCGCGAAGUCCGCUGGAAGCUUCUCUGGGAUGCUGAAAAGAUGGAAGCAGCACGUGCCGUCUACCGCGCAUUUGCACAGAAGCAGAGCGCAGGCAAGGAUCUGAGCGAAGGGCUGCUCCUGGAGAUUGUUUCAGCGUUCUUUGUCAAGCAUGAUGUUCAGAUCGGAGCGGUGAACCCGAUGGUUGAAUGGUUUGCGAAGCAUUUGCCGAGGAUUUACGAACUCAUUCCUUUGCUGAGAGAGGCGGUUAAAACCACUGGUGGGAAUACGUUGGCGGCGAUAAAGAAGAUCCACGAGUCGAACGAAAUCACGCUUACGAUUUUGGCUACUGCGCAUGCAUUCAGGGUGCAGCAUGCUAGAUUGUAUAGUGUUGAUGGGGAUUUGGGAGAAAAUGGAAUCGCCAAUUUUAGGGGACUGGAAUCGCCGCCUUGGACUUCCGGACCGGAGAUUUUGACGGCGUUAAAUAGGGAUAUUGAGGUUAACACCAAAAUCAUGGGGAUAAAGAAGGAGGGUCCUGCUGAGGAGUAUUUCGGAGCAAUUUUGGAUCAGAUGGUCGACAUGGUUGAAGUCGCCUGUCGAAAUUUCGUGGAGAGAGCGGCGUGGUGUGAGGUUCAGGGUGCGCCAAAGUAUAUCGCUGAAGGCCAGCAGAUUAAAGAUCUGUACCUGAAGGGACGGAAUCAGUGGAUUCGAGCACUCGCUUUUCAUGAUCGCGCCGAGCAGGCGGUGGAUAUUGCGGAGAGGUAUCGAGAUUACGGUACACUCGUGGAGCUUGCGUUCGAAGAGCUGGCUAAGAUUAAUGGUUGGCUGGAUAAGCGCGGACAGGAGGUUGGAGAUUUGGAGAAGCAGGAUUAUACGAGUCAGCGAGAUGCUAUCGUGACCCGGUUGGAGGGGUAUUUCGAGAAGUUCGGGCAAGAGUUUGCGUACGUGCUUUAUGAGUACCAGGUCGAGACGGGGAGUCUGAGGGAUCUGUUGGUGCAGUUCCCCGGGUAUAAGAAGUAUUUGGACGGGUUCUUGCAGAGUGAAGGGCGGUAUUCUAGGGUUAGGUGGAUCAAUGAGGUUAGGGAUGGGAGGUAUAAGGAAGCCGGGGAGACUUUGAUCCAAACAGCGGAUAGUGAGACGUGUUUGUGGAGUCAAGCGGUCGAGUUGAGUAUUGGAAAGCUGGCUUUGAUGGCUUCGCAGCCGGCCGGGGAGGCUGUUUCCGAUGCAUUCGACAGACGAUUAAAGAUGGUGGAACUACAGAAAUCGGUCCAGGCGCACGUUAGCAUUGAGGCACGAGGGGCCAUUGACGUACAGGCUGGAACGGAGUUGGCGUUUGGAGCGUUUGGCGGCCGUUUGGAGCCUUAUCGGAGCCUGCGCGAUAUCUUUAAGAGGGGUGUUGCAAAGGCGGUGACCGGGCAGAGCAUGGAUGCCGAGGAACUCGUCGACUUUUUAACGUUAAUGUACGAAGAGGAUGAGGAUGCCGAUGAGGAAGAGGGGGAGAAGUGGGCAGGGCGAUUUCAGACGGCCAUGAUGGUUCUUGGGGCAGCAGAGAUUCCUGAUAUGAGGAAGGAGGAGGCGAGGAGGACGAUUUGGAGAAGGAUGUAUAUGAGUGAAGAUUGGCUGGAUAUUCUGGAUCCAUCACGACAGAAUACGACACAGAUCGAGACGAGGAUUAUGAAUACGAAUGUAUUCGAUGUUUUGAUCUAUGGGUAUAAAGAAGGUCUCUUUGAUGAACACAAAGCUUCUACCCCACUUGCCCCCAGUCAAAGUGGGUUCACCCGCGAUAUCAACUUCCUUGCUUCUCGGUUCCCGGGGAGUCAGCAACCUUGGCUGCAGAACUUAUAUGAAGAAAUUAAGAUUGAAGAACGGGAGGUUCAGAGGUUGAUUGAUAACAACCUUGAGUUUUGGUUCCCAUGGAUGUGCGAGACUGCUAUGAAGAUGGCGGCUGAGGAGGCGGAUGAGACUAUAAUGGAGAAUGGCGAUGAUGAGGAGGAGGAAGAGGAGGAAGUGGAGGAUGAGGGGGAGGAUGAGGGGGAGGAAGGAAGUAGGGAGGCUAGUUAUGAAGAACAGGAGAUUUUGGACGCUAUGGAUAUGAGCUAG